GCAGGAUCACUUGGUUUGCUUUUUGCCUGGUACUUUAGCACUGGGAGCUCACAACGGGCUGACUGCUGAUCAUAUGAAGUUGGCUGAAGCUCUUAUGGAAACCUGUUACCAGAUGUAUGCUCAGGUGGAGACAGGCCUGAGCCCGGAGAUCGUGCACUUCAAUCUUCAUGCACAAAAGGGCCAAAAAGAUGUGGAGAUCAAGCCUGCAGACAGGCACAACUUACUGCGACCAGAAACUGUGGAAAGCCUUUUUUAUAUGUACAGAUUCACUGGUGAUAAGAAAUACCAAGACUGGGGCUGGGAAAUCUUGCAGAACUUCAAUAAAUACACACGGGUCCCUACAGGUGGUUACACUUCCAUUAACAAUGUCCAAAACCCCAGCAAUCCAGAGCCACGGGACAAGAUGGAGAGCUUCUUCCUGGGGGAGACACUCAAGUACCUGUUCCUGCUGUUCUCAGAUGACAUAGACCUGAUCAACCUCGACAGAUAUGUCUUCAACACAGAGGCUCACCCACUGCCCAUCUGGGUGCCAGCCUAGGCUGGCUCCGGGCACCUUCCAGGGCGGCGUCUGUACCUUCAAGUCACUUUACUUUCCAGGGUUUGAGGAGAGAUGCUGUAUUGCACCUUUUUUUCUUUUGGUUGAAAACAAACAGAACCUUUGGGAAAGCAUCUCUGGUUUGGAGAAGUCAUGUGAGUCUUAACUGUGAUCCCUG